UAAACUACAUUUAUCGCGACUAAACGUUUCAACAAGUAGUUUCAUGGCCUGCAAAGUGUUUUCAUCGUGCCCUUCCUGAUCCUCCAAACUUUCCUUGAGGCGCAACAAACAGGAAAGAGUGGCACCAAGCGCGCGCACAAACUCUCCCCGCGGCUGUUUCCUCGCCCCGAGCGGCUCUCUGAAGGACUUCAACUCUGCUGUCAUUUCUCACAAUCUGAUCUUUCAGUAGGAGUCUGAUGCGUGAGCGCGUCAGGGACGCGUCCUCCCAACAGUUUCCCACCAGGAUUCCUUUAACGCGUCCUCGGGCUUCCGUCAGUGUUAAAGAAAUGGAAACUAUUCUGUGGGAAUUUUAAGCUCAAGGAUAAACGGACAGAAGCAGAUAAACUCGCGCUGUUUGGAUUCCUCGGGUGGGUUUAUAUGAAGCUCUUCUUUGGGUUACGGAGUUUGCACUGCUGUGGAAACUCAGUGUCCAUGUGGGGCGUCUGGAGCGCUGAGCAGCGGUCCGUUCGGGUUCAGAUCAUGUGGCUGCUCGUUUGUUCGAUGAUCGCGGCGGCGUGCGCGGAACAUUACGGCUCGCAGGCCCAGGUGAUGAUGAUGUCCUCCAAAGCGCUGAGAGCUUCAAACACGAGGAGUAAUGUAACAGACAGCAAUCACCUCACAGACUUAUACCGGAAGGAAGAGGUCAUCAUGGUCAAGGGUGGAGGUUACGUACAGAGCCCACGGUUCCCUAACUCUUACCCCCGCAACCUAUUGUUGUCAUGGAAACUGCUCUCACCCCCCCACACCCGCAUUCUACUGGAGUUUGAUGCUCAGUUUGGAUUAGAAGAGGCGGAAAAUGGAGUCUGCAGGUAUGAUUUUGUGGAAGUGGAGGAUAUAUCUGAGACCAGCACCAUCAUUUGGGGUCGCUGGUGUGGUCAGAGAGCUCCGUCACGGAUCACAUCUAAAACAAACCUCAUCAAAAUCACCUUCAAAUCAGACGAUUACUUUGUAGCCAAACCUGGAUUUAAAAUCUGCUAUUCACUGCUGGGAAGCUUACCUCUCGCAUCCAUGACUAACUGGGAAGCAGUUACAGUGGUUUCAGACCUGAGUGAGACCUCCGGGACGGAAGCCCCGCUGUCUGCAGCCGCUCUCGAUAAUGACAUCUCCAGUGUCAAUACGGUGGAAGAGCUGAUGAGACAUCUGAACCCGUUUACCUGGCAGGAAGACCUGGAACAACUCUACACACAAACACAGCACUACAGACCCCGAUCCUUUCACAUGGACCGCAAACACAAACUCGAUCUGGAUCGUCUCUACGAUGAUGUAAAACAGUACAGCUGCACUCCCAGAAAUUUCUCCGUCAGUCUCCGCGAGGAGCUGAAAACGACCAACGCUGUGUUUUUCCCACGAUGCCUCCUGGUGCAGCGCUGCGGGGGAAACUGCGCAUGCGGCACGGACGGCUGGAACUCCUGCACCUGCAGCGCUGGAAAAACUGUCAGGAAAUUACACGAGGUGCUGAAGUUCUCCCCAGGUCCAAAUUUCUACAGAAAGCGAACUCGUGCCCGCUGGGUUCUGGAGGAGAUUUACCUGGAUCAUCAUGAGAGAUGUGACUGUGUGUGUCAGUCAAGACCACCACGAUGAACAUCACACACGUUCAAACCAUCACACACGCUCUUCAGAUGUGUAACUUUCUCUGUUUCUGUUAUUUGUAUUGAUCAGAUGUUAUUGUGUCAGAUGAAGUCAUCAAUUGUAUUUUGAAUAUUAAUGAGCUGUUCGCUGUUUAAAACCAGUCUGAACCUUUAGCCAGUCUAUUCCAAGUGUUAUUUAUUUAAAACAAAAUGUCUUUGUCUUUUUAUAUCUGUGAUCAUCUGUUGUAUGUCAUUUCAUAUUUUUCAUAUUCUUGUGAUCAGAAAUGAUAUUAAGGUUACUGAAACAUCACCAGCAGCAUCAAAAGAAAAUGAAUCAUUUUAAAUUGAUUUGAAUAAAGCGUCUUUUAAAAUGUUUUGGAUUGUAUUUCAUGUAAUCUUAUUUUGUAAUGUAUGCAUAUGUUUAUAUGAUCUUGAAUCCUGAUAUGACCCCUAAAAUAUGCAUAGGAAGGAUUUUGUAGAAUCAUAACAGUUCAUGUAAUAGUAUUGCGUAUUUAUUCAGAUGUGUGAAUGGGUAACCGUAUCUCUUUCUCUCUCUUCAGUGCAGUUAAAUGUUCACGGUGUGUGUGAUGUAGUGAAUGGAUGAUACGCUUCAGUAGCCGUGUGGCCUCCGACUCUUCUUUAUAUCCCUGUAAAUCUGUGAGGGUUCUUCUGUUCUGGGUGUAAUUUAGCGGCCCGUGGCCCCUGAGGGUCCAUUCAUUCUGCUGUAAGUCGUCUGUGAACAGAGUCCCUGAGAGCGAUGUUGACAGUAUGAAUGUAGCCUUUAAUUGUGAGGUCUUUAAGACGCUUUUAUUAAACCUUCGGACAAGUGAAAUUAAAGCAAUGAUUCUUUUUGAUCUCACAGAAGAAUUCACAGUGUGAGUCUCACUGAAUAAAUGCAGUAAAUCUCUGAUAUCUGUAGUGAUAAACUCAAACAUGUAUAUCGCAUCAUAAAACAG